AUCGCCAUAUUCAGGGCAGAAGCGAAAGUUUUCUACUUUCGAAUAAUUGUGUAAAUUCCAUACGUAUAAUUUAGAUUCUACGAUAAAAUGGUUAAUAGCUGUUGUGCGAUUAAUUGUACUAAACGCAAUACUAGAGAAUAUGGUCUUACUUUUCACCGAUUUCCUUCUGAGCCGACAUUGAAAAGAAAAUGGAUUCUUGCCACAAAAAGACCGAAAUGGAAACCAACCAUGUGGUCCGUUCUUUGUUCGGCUCAUUUUAGCAGUGAUUCUUAUUAUUUAUCAUCAACUACACAUAAGAUUCUAAAAAAGGAUGCGGUUUCCUCAAUAUUUGAAUUUCCUGAUCAUCUGAGAAAGAAAAAUGAAAGCAGACGGGUCUUCAUAAGAGGUUGGCUUAAUGACAGUGAACAAAAUACUUCUAACAUAGUUAUUGGAACAUCAAGUCCGCUCUCUUCAAACACUGCCAUCGAUGCUACAAAUCCAGUGUUAGUGGACCACACUUACGCUAUAACUGAAUCUCCAAGAAAAAUAAAAAACCAAUUGCUUCAACAAGUGGAAUGAAAUAUAGCACUUCGGAGAAAAUUAAAAACAUUACAACAAUACAAAAGACGAAAAAACAGUAAAAUAGAAACCCUGAAGGAAGCCAUACAAGAAUUAAAGAAAAACAAUUACAUCGCCGAAGCAGGACUGGGGUUGCUGCAGGAAUGUUCAGAUGGCACUUAUGGCACUCCAUUUCAAUUAAUGCAGGCUGUCCAAUAUCGGCUUAAAAAACAUUCGGUAGGAGCAUAUCCAGCAGCCUUGUUUAGUCCUGCAAAUAUUGCAUUAAGGCCAUUAGUGCAAUUAAAAGAUAAUGGCGCUUGAAUACAUGCUAACAGUGAUGUUAUUGAUGUUUGUAAACAAACAGAAAAGAAGAUUCGUUAUUUAAUGCUAAGUAAUGAAAACUGGAAACUCCAAAAAAAUGUUUUGGCAAGUAUUGUUCAAUCAGUGACUAUGCACUAUACCAAUGUAAAUACAGUAGAGCGUCGAUUUUCCGAAAGUC